AUGACCCCUUCACUAGAGGGAAAUGUAUCACUGGAAUCCAAAAUUACUGAUGACGACACUCCUUCGUGCAACGGUCGAACGACUCUCCAAACGCGUCAUGUUUACAUGAUGGCCAUUGGUGGCACCAUCGGCACCGGUUUGUUCUCGGGAUCGGGAGAAGCACUGAGAAAUGGAGGCCCAGUCGGCCUUCUUCUUGGGCACCUUGUUGUUGGUGUGGUUGUCUAUAGCAUGAUAGUCGCUCUGGGUGAAAUGGUGACAGUGUUCCCAGUAGGUGGUUCCGCUCCAAAACUACCGUCCCCCGUUCCUGAGGACAAAGCUUUGAUACACUACCCCGCCCGCUUUGUUGAUCCAGCGUUGGCCUUCGCAUGUGGUCGUCCAGAUCAUGAUCGAAUCGGCUUUAGAUACUGGAUUUCACCUGGUCCCUUCAAUCAAUUUAAUGAGAUCCCUGGCUUCAUUGGUCGAUUUCUGGCCUUCUGGUCGGUAUUGAGUCAAGCCGCUUUUACUCAUCAAGGUACCGAGAUCGUAGCUUUGGCCGCAUUAGAAACUGAAAAUCCCAGGAAGAGUAUCCCCAUAGCUAUCAAGACAGUUCUUUAUCGUAUCUUGAUAUUUUAUCUUGGUGGGAUGACUGUCGUUGGAUUAUUAGUUCCCUAUACUUCAUCUUCCUUAGGGACUGGUGCUCGUAGUGGAGCUUUAUCACCAUUUGUUAUUGCAUUUAACUCAGUACAUAUCCCAACAUUAUCAAUGGGUGUGUCUAUAAUUGCAGUCAUGAUAAUUUCAGUAUUCCCGGUGGUAAAUUCACACAUCUACGCUGGUUCAAAAAUUUUGCAUGGUCUAUCUUCUGACGAUCUUGCGCCACUGUUAUUCUCGCGGGCACCCAAGUGGUUCUCACGCUAUACAAGCAAUGGUGACCAGGUCGCUGGUAUAGCCAUCACGGCUGUGUUUGGACUACUGGCCUAUACGAGUGUUGCUGUUGGUAUCUCUCAAGCAGACACGGUGUAUGAACGGUUUUCAAAGAUGUCAUCCAUCUCGGUUCUUAUGACGUGGUGGUCCAUCCUACUUACCUAUAUCCAAUUUUAUCACGGAGUGUCAAGAAAAGUCGGAAUAGAUCGUGGCAUGUUUGCAUAUCAAGCACCUUUUCAACCAUGGCUAUCCUACUUUGGAUUCUCAAUGACUACUUUGAUUAUCAUCUUUAAUGGUUUUGAGGUCUUUUUAAGUCACAACUGGUCAACUUCCAAAUUCAUAUCGGCAUACAUUUCCCUUUUGAUAUUCCCCCUGGGUUUUAUCUGGAGUAAGAUAUCUCGAAAAACAAGUUUUGUAAAGCUCGAUCAGAUGAAGUUGGAGGAAGGUAGGAGUGAAUUGAACCCACUUGACGUGAUGGAGGGGGAGAAUGACGUUAACUCAGUUGGCAAAUUCCACAAAUUCUUGCAUUGGAUCCUCAAGUUCAUCUCCGUCACAAGAUGA